AUUCAUUAAAGUAAUCUUAUGUUUCAUAACUUUGCGUUCCUUUCUCUCUCCCUUGAGAGACUAGCGUAAGUGCAAGAUGGUGCCUUCAAGAAUGUUACGACAUCCCUUGGUUAAAGGAAUGGUCACGUAUACUUUUCUCUGGCCAACCGCGAAUCUAGUGCAACAGAGCCUAGAGGGGAAAAGUUUUGACUCAUUUGAUUACGGCCAGUGCGCGCGUUAUGGUUUAUAUGGAGCGCUUUACGUUGCGCCAACGCUUUAUGGAUGGGUUCGGUUGUCCUCGCUGAUGUGGCCUCGAAUGGAUUGGCGGACGGCGAUUGGCAAAGCAAUUGUAGAGCAGGCAACGUAUGGCCCGUUCGCGGGAGUCAGUUUUCUCUUCGUCAUGACUUUACUUGAAGGACGUUCAACUACUGAUGCGGCACGUGAAGUGCGGCUGAAAUUCCCGCAAACAUACGCCGUUGGAUUGACGGUUUGGCCACUGGUUCAAACGAUCAACUUUGCCCUCGUUCCUGAGCGCAACCGCGUUCCGUUUGUGGCUGCCUGCAGCUUUCUAUGGACGGUUUUCCUAGCCUUAGUCAAACGCAGAGACGCUGCGGAAGAAGACACCAAAUGAAUGUAUAACGAAUUUUGCCAACAAUUCCACCGUUAGUUGAUAAAGUUUACGGGUUUCUCAGUAGCGCGGGACAAAGUCCUGCGGGUAGAAUCUUUGUGCUAGUAACUAUUGCGGAACUUUUCCAUAUACUGCACACAAAAGGGUAUUUUGCUUGUGAAAAUUAGGUAACUAUUUUUAAUAUGAUCCUUUUGCUUUUAUAACUUAUUAUAACCUU